GCCAUGCAAUGUUCUUCACCACCAUUCGGAGCAGUAAAUGGAUGACAACGUACUGCUGACUCCAAGGGAGGAGAGAGGCAGGAGUGCCCUACCCACAGCCAGGGUUUCCUUUUGCUUUCUGCUGUCUGCGCCAUGGCUGUUUCUCUUCAGCUCUCUGCCUACAUACUCUUUCUGGUGCUACCCCUAGUACAGAGCCAAGCAUGCUCUGUAAAUAAUACCAAGCCAGUGGUACAUGAAAAUAACUCUGCUGGCUUAGUGGUGACCAACAUUACAAAGGCUGCUGGUAUCACAGUAACAAUCAGUCCUACGGUGGAUGGAAAUUGCUUCUCCAUUCGUGACACAGAACUGAUUCUAAGCUGUUCUUUGGACUAUGAGAAACAAGAUAUAUACAUUUUAAGCCUGCUUUGCACUCAAGGGAGCGUACAAGUUUAUUCUCUGGAGGUUAGAGUGACCGUUGUCAACUUGAACGAUAACAGCCCAGUAUUUAAGCAACCAGAUUUCACUGUAAAUGUUCCUGAGGAUACAAGAGUGAGUUCCGUUGUUCUAUCCACGGACGGAGUAAGCGCUACUGACCUUGACCAGGACACCAUAUAUUAUGAACUUAGAGGGACUACUCCAGAAGCAACUGAGUUUUUUAACAUCCAAGGAGUUAACAACCCAGCCAUCUAUUUGCGCAAAGCAUUGGACUAUGACAAAAAUAAAUUUAUGCAGUUAGUCUUGCUUGCAAGGGACAGGGCUCCUGGCAUUGCAGAUACUAAUACAGCCAAUGCAACAAUCAACAUAAAUAUCCAACAGGCUGACACUAAAUCUCCCUGGUUUCUGCCAUGUAAACCCGUGGCUAUGAGCAGUAAAGUUUGUUUAAACACUGGUUACACUGGAAGAAUCAACAUCUCAGAGCAAACGAUGGAACCUCUGAACCUGAAACCUGGACCUCUCUAUGCUAUCGAUCCUGACUAUAGCUUGAAUGAAAAAAUAGUGUACAGCAUUAUUGAAGGAAACACGGAUGAUGUAUUCUUAUUGAAUUCUGAUACGGGGAACCUAACUAUGAACAAAGCAGUGAAUACAUCAGAAACAUUUAUUUUGCACGUCAUGGCCACCCAAGCCAACAGCAUAGAGAAAUAUGCUUUAACUAAUGUAGAGAUCAAAGUAAUCGACAAAAGUAUCCACGCACCAUACUUUGAGCACAUGAACUACACAGGGACCGUGUCUACUGGCCUUACCCGUAACAGUCUGGUCAUGGAGGCUGGAGCUCCUUCCAAACCCCUGAAGAUCUUUGCAGUUGAUGAAGACUUCCCUAAUAAAAUCAAUCCUCACAUCACUUACAGCAUUCAAAACAGCAGUGAUUUCACAGUAACCCAAGAUGGACUUCUCCUGACAAACACUGUUUUCUCUUCAGCCAUGAAAAUAACCAUGCUGGCAAUGGCUAUUGACUCGACAAGUCUCCAGGAGGCAAGCACUAUUAUUACCGUAGAAGUCAUACCUCCCAAAGGUACAACUCUGCCUACCACUACCACUACCACCACUGCUGGGACAGGCUCUACCACUACCACCACUGCUGGGACAGGCCCUACCACUACCACCACUGCUGGGACAGGCUCUACCACUACCACCACUGCUGGGACAGGCUCUACCACUACCACCACUGCUGGGACAGGCUCUACCACUACCACCACUGCUGGGACAGGACACACCACUACCAGCACUGCUGGGACGGGAUCUUCCACUACUUCAAAGCAUCCUGGUUCAUCAUCAGCUUUGCCACCUAAAAUAACUACCACGACCUCUGGGGCUAAUUCAGGACCAACACAGCGAACCACUUCUUCAGUAAGCAAGACAGUCAACACUGCCAACAUAUCUGGCCCCACUGGUAAGCCUACAUCAGGUACUGCCUCAGGUCCAGUUACCCAUCCUGCCACCACAAAGCCUUCCAUCAUACAUUCCACCAAGAUUCCCACAGGGCCUUCAGAAUUUGGCACCACUGAUCCCAUCCUAUCAGGAACAAGCCCAGCAGGUGGUGGAGUCGUGCAACCCACUGCUCUGACACCUUCUCAGACUGGUGGGCCUGGCCCUCAUCCUACACUAACUGCUGAAGCAAGUGGACCUCCAAGGCCAUCAGACCCCAUGACCCCUCAAACAUCCUUCAUGAAGAGUUAUCAGCCAGAUGUAACCAAGAAGAUGCCUGAUUAUAAGUACACUGCACAAGAUAUGGGCAUUUUAGGUGGCACCUUAGCAGCUUUGCUGAUCCUUGCCUUAUUUUUCAUUGGAUUCAUUUUCUACAAGUUCCACAGAAAUCCAGUCUCAUCAAUCACCAAAAGAAAACUCCUUCAGGAUUCAUUUAGAAAUAAUGAUAGCUACCAAGAUGAUGAAGAAAAUCCUGCUAGCACUGGAGAAAGUGAGUUGCCAAGAAGUAACAGUUCUAGGAAUGCUUCACCUGUUCUACACAAACGCUCAGAAAGCUUCCAGCCCUUCGAAACUAUGAUAGCUAGCAGCCUUGGUGUUACUUCUGCCACUGUUAAUGAGGAACAGGAGGAGAAGGAUAAAGCGGCACAUGACUCCGAUAGUGAAAAAGAAGUUAAAUCUAUUCUCACUAAGGACAGGAAGCCAGCAGAUGAUGGCUACAAAGCAGUGUGGUUUAAUCCAGAUGCCAAGGAAGAGGUUAUGGUGAUCGAGGAUGCCCCUGAGGAAGAGGAAGAUGGCAAUGAUGGAGACAGGAAUGAAGGCAAAGAAAAUUGGGAUGAUGAUGACAAUGAUGAUAGCAGUAACCAGGACAGUCACCCAGGUGACCCAGUGGUGUCCUUCAUUCCACAGAGAGCUAGUUAUGGCACACCUGAUCAGGAUACAACCACAGGAGGGGUAGGAGAGGACAUUUCACUGUAGGCUUGGCAAAGCUUGUCUUGUCCUUCUGAAGGCCAUAAGCAGUUUUAAGCCACUUUUUUUUAGUGAGAUCCCCCUUUUCUGAAGACUGUAAGAGAUAGGAUGGCUAGCAAGGGUGGAUUUCAUCAGUAGCAGUGUAAUCCCUUUCCUGCCUUGUCCCAUGUAGAGUGUGUAGACCCAAGCCAGAAGGAACCAAACUAAUCUAGUUCAAGCUCCGCAAUAGCACAGUCCAUAACUCUUCAUUCAGUAAUCCCUGCACUGAGUUCAAUUGCUUGGGGUUGAACUAUAAACAUCUUCCCUAGAAAGGGAGACAAUACUGAUGUUUAAGAAAGUAUCUUCUCAUCAGACUCAGACCCACAAUAUCUAGCUUCGGGGGCCAGUGUUUUAUCCACUAAGUCCUCCUUCAGCCAAGGGGCCUGAAAACCACUUCUGCCCUCUAACUUCCUGAGUUGCAUUUGGGAUGAUGCGUUGGAAGCAAUCUAACCCCACUUCUGCCUUAGUCAAAAGGAUUGAGUGCAUGUGAACUUCCCAUCCCUCUCCCCACAUUUGAGCUCAGUCCAAGUUCAUCAGUAAGACCAUUCCCAGGGAUAUCUCAAAGAUUUUGCUCCAAAAUGAAGCAAAGUAUUUUGCAUUUUUGAGGUGCCACAGGCCAUUCCCAGAGAGUUUUACUUUGAAGCUCAUUUGAAUUCCCAAUAUUAUUUACUGAGGCGCGCACAGUUAUUAUCCCUAAAUAGCUGGCAGGUCUGAAUUAGAUUUGACUGUAGCUUAGUGUACUGGUACCAAGUUGGCUUUAAAAGAAGUAGCUCAGGUAUUGCUACCCAUCUCAUUGUGUUAACAAAGCUCUGCA